UUGAAUCUUAUUCAGUAGAUAACAAACUCGUCACACAUAAGAAUACCGUGUUUAAAUAUGGCACAUAAUAUUAAUAAUUAUCAUAUUGAAACAAAUUACGUAUUAUAUGUAGAGUCGGUACACGGCAUUCUUAUGAAAAUAUAUUUUGUCAUAUUUUAUUCGUAGUAAGAUACCAAAAUAACGUAUAACGGCUUCAAAUGUUUUAAUGCAAAUACUAUUAUUAAUUUCGAAAAAAUGAAAUAUCCAUUUACACGCCCUGAUUUGUAACUAAUUUGUUAAGUUGUUUUCGUUUUAUGUUAGAUUACUGACGUAUAUUUGAUUCUAAAAGAUUACCGAACAUAAAUUUUCUAUUUAGUUAAUAUAUAGCUCGAAGUUUUUCGAAAUUAGUUGUGUAAAAAAAUUAUUAAAACAAGUAUGUAUGUAUAUAAACAUAUACAACCAAUGAGCGCUGAGCUUUUAAAAAUGAUCGUUCCACACGUGCAUCGCAAAUGGCUACGGGAAGACGAUUAUAUGUACCCAGUGGGUUGUUUACAAAUGCUUGCCGUCGGAGGGUCUGCAGCUAGAGUUGAAAAAUGUCGAGUAAAAUCCAAGUGGCGAUUAAAGUUCGACCGUUGUUGGAUAAAGAAAAAGAAGAUGAUUUAAAAAUUCAGUGGAAUGCGAGAAAUUGUUAUAUCGAGAGGUUGAAUGAUCAAAGGUUGAAAAGGAAACGCGAUGGUUUGGAAAAGUUUCACUUUGAUUACGUGUUCAAUUCUGAAAAUAACAACAUGGAUGUUUUUGAAAAAGUUGUGAAAAGAUCAGUGCACUCUGCAUUAAAUGGUUAUAAUAGUACAAUAGUUGCAUAUGGACAAUGUAAUUCAGGAAAAAGCCACAUUAUGCUUGGUACACAAGAUGAUCAUGGGAUCAUUCAGUUGGCAGUUACACAUAUGUUUGAUCAAGCUAGUUUGUUACUUAGCCGGAUAGCAGUAUUCAAAGUUUCAUGUUUUGAAAUCUAUAAUGAAAAAGUAAAUGAUUUAUUAAAUAGAGAUAACUUUAAUCUUGAGUUGGUAAAGACUCUUGAUAAUUUGUAUGAUAUCAAAGGUUGUACAGAAGAAACCAUAACUGCUUAUGAAGAUUUUUCAAAUAUUUUAUUAAAAAUUAAUGAAAAUCGUAGAACACGUGUAAAUUUUCUUAACAAGUAUAGUGAUAAAAGUCAUAAAGUGAUAAGGAUAAAUAUUGAAAGCAGAAGUUUGGAAAAUUCAUAUAUACUUGGUUAUCGUACCUCCCAAUUGAAUUUUGUAGAUUUAGCUGGGCACAAAGCUUAUAGCGGAAAGGAAUCUAAAGAAGAUUUUUACAUUAAUAUUUCAUUACUAACACUUAGUACAAUUGCAGUUCAGCUGAAUCAAUUUUCAGAUCCAUACAAAAUUAUUGAUUAUGAAGAAAGUAAACUGUCAAAGUAUUUAUCGAAUUCAAUUGGUGGAAAUGCAUGCACUACUUUUAUUUGUGCAGUUGCACCAACAACAAUAAAAGAAACACAAAAUACACUAUGGUUUGCUCAUAGAUUAGUUCAUGUCAAUAAUGAUCCAAGAAAAAAUUCAGUUUUUAUUUACAAAGAGAAAGUUAUGUUGAAAAUAUGUAAGUUUUAUUUGUUUCUUGCUGCAAAAAUAAAAAAUAUUAGGAGCAAGCUACUUCAGUUGAAGGCAAAAGUUGAGUCAAUAUCCGAAGAAGAUUAUGAUAGUAGUAAAGAAGUAUGCAUGACAAAAAUAAUAAAUUGUAACAAAAACAAACUGUCUAUCAAUGAACAAGUUCCAGAUCUCCAUAUUUCCGAUAUAAUAUCAGCUAUGGACAAUUUUGCAGAGAAUCUAGUAACACUUAAUGACAAUUGGGAUGCAGUUUACAAUUGUAUAAAAGAUAGUAACAGCUGCAACUUAUUGAGUGCCUUAAAAAAUGUAGAAAAAUGCUUGAUGUACCUUGAGCUGAGAGCUGAACUUUUACAAACUCUGGCCAAGAUUCUAAAGACUGAAACAAUUUGUAUAAAAAAACACGAUCUUUCCAACGAGUGUUUAUGUUCGUAAAGUUUUUAUACAGCUUCUUACUUUUAUAGGCAAGUCAUUAUGGUUAACUGUUCUAAAUAAAUUGCGUUUUUACAAGUAUGACAUGAUAUUUGAUAGUGUUUUUUAUAAAAGUAUAGAACAUUGUUAAAAAUUUAGUUUUAUAGCAAGCUACUACUGUAAAGUUGUAACCCAAUAAAAACAAAUUGAUUGAUUUUUUUAUAAAGUUACCA